UUUGCAGACGGAGGAGGGUGUAUUUCGAGGGAGCAGGGUGGUGGGAGGACGAAAAAGUGAAAAGACAAAUGUUGGAUGCCUUUCCUCUUUUCUUUUUUUUCUUUUUUUUUGUGAAUGAAAAGCGAGAAGGAGAAUCUACGUGUCCGUCCUGGAGAGGCGCUAAACUCGCCUAUUGGCGCAGGUGCCACCGGACCGUAGAGGAGAAUGAUGACCUUUAACAGGGAACUCGCGGAGAAAAACGUCACUGAUAUGAAGGAAGACCGUGACAGGGAUGACAGGCACGAGGACCAUUUGCUCCUGGACAAGGCCGGCGGUGGCCUGGAGCGAAGCGCUGCCUCCUUCAGUCCUCGGCCGCCCGAGGAAGCGGACCCCGCCGGCGCGGCGAGGAGCGCCACUUCGCUCAAGCCCCCCUACUCCUACAUCGCUCUGAUCACCAUGGCCAUCCUGCAAAGCCCCAAAAAGCGACUCACGCUCAGCGAAAUCUGCGAUUUCAUCAGCCAGCGGUUCGCCUAUUACCGGGAAAAGUUCCCCGCCUGGCAAAACUCCAUUCGCCACAACUUGUCCCUGAAUGACUGCUUUGUUAAAAUGCCCCGGGAGCCCGGGAAUCCGGGGAAGGGGAAUUACUGGACCCUCGAUCCGAUGUCGGCCAACAUGUUUGAGAACGGGAGCUUUCUCCGGCGGAGAAAGCGAUUCAAACGGCAGCAUUUCCACAUGGCGGACGUGGAGAAGAGCGGCUUUCCCCUGCACGGAGCGCGCGUCCGCUUCUUCCCCAGCUCAGACCUGCACUGCGACCCGGACGCCGACUGCCGCCUGACUCUGCCCGCCGGCCACCCCGGGAUUAUCCCCGCUCUCUCCUCGCUGCUCUCCAGGACCUGGACCGUCGCUCAGAGGAAUUUCCCGGCCCCCCAGACUCUGGCUUUUGAUCAUUUCGAUCCGGCACACUUCACCACUUUCUCCUCCCGUGGCCCCAACUCCUGUUUCAUGGCGCCCGGCUCUCUGGACGCGGUGGUGUACCCCCAUCAGCGCGCCGUGGAGCCGGAUCUCUACAGACUGACUCCGGUGCCCCCCGGCCAACCUUUCCAACACAUCGGUAAUUAAUUAGCCCGGUCCGACGGUGUUUUUCCACUUGUUUCACCCCCCUUUAUAAUAUUUGCAACCGGGCCAACCGAUCAAUUAGCUGCCUAGUUUACAUAGAAAACUGAAGAAUUAGAAUUUAAUUUAAAAAAAAAAAAAAAACAAGAAAACUUGUGAGUGAACUUCUGGAAGAUAUUUAAUAAAAGUAUUGUUUUAUUCUGACGUGUCUCAGCGAGUUCAAUUAAGACUUCGGAUAUUUAAAUCAUCUAAAUUAUUUAAAUGAGGUGUUUUAUUACUGUUGAAUACCAGUUAAUUGGUUUUAAUUAAUGGCAAACUGAUUUUACUUUCACAAUUAAAAAAAUCAAAAACAAAAAAUCAAUCGAACAAAAAAAC